AUGUAUUGCUGCUCUUGUGGCAAGGAAUUACAAAGUGCCUUUGUGUUCUGCCCAUCAUGCGGAACGAGAAAGGGCGAAACAAGCGGUAUCAUUAGUCCGUCAAAUACAGAAACGGACAGCGCCAAUGCAGAUAGCAGCAAAAGAAAACGGCAAUCAGCAAGCACGAAUCCUCCAUCGUUUUCGGCGUACAUGAAGCAGAAGGAGACAGAGAGACAGUCUCAUUUCAAGCCAAAUAAAAAGAAGGGCCGCGUGGGAGAAACACAAGCCAAAGCUAAAGAUGAAGUUAUCAUUAACGUUGGCUUGAUGGAAUACGAAUAUGGCGAGGCCAAAAUCCAGCGUGGCAAGUCAUUUCCUGUGAAAUUGUCCAGAGAUAUGGGUUAUGACGAGGUAAGAGAGAGAGCGUUGAAAAAGUGGGAGGAUUACGACAGAACUUUUUCCAGAGAUCGUGGAUACGUCGUAACGUUUCAAGAUGGAAAAUUGGCGAAACAGAUUAUUACCUGGCAGCUCAGUGGAAUUCACGCUGAGAAAAUACAAAGAAGGGCUUGGCAAGAGCUAUAGUAGAAUAGUCCUGUACCUUUGCCCUGCGACGGAAAAAAGGAUAGAGAGUACAAUGCCAAUAACAAACUGGUUAAGUGAAGAAGAAGCAGAGAUAGAGAGGGUUUUAUGGGACUCUGACAGUAAUGUAGAUGAUUUCGCUGAUGAUUUCAUUGAUUCUUCCACUGAGGCAUCUGCCACUCCUGUUCCUGUUCCUUCUCCUCACCAGCCUGAGGUUAUACAGCUUUUUGAGGUUGCUGACUUUUUGUAAGUACUUCUGUUUUGUAUCAGUCAAAUCCAAGUGUCCCCCUCCCCAUGGGCAACUGCGGGGCAUUUUCCUGUCAAGCACGUCCCGGGGGGUGGGAAUGCAAACCUUUUCCCAGGGGUGGGGCAUUUGAAAUUAAGAAUAUGGAGGUUUCUAAAGUCUCUAGAAUUAAGAGGCAAGAUGCCACAAACUUCCAUGAUAAACCAGAGUACAGUAUAUAAUAAAACCAGUCAAACGGAACGAUCACACCACAAACUGUCAAACUUUUAAUAUAAAUGCACACUAGAGUGUGACGACCAGUGCUUUCACUAUUCAAUUUAAAAAUUCAUGUGAUUUGUGCCAAAAUUUUCUUGAAAGUGGAAACGCUGGACUGGGCUAGAGUUGACGCACAAUGGUGGAUUAAUAGGCGAUAAAUUUUUCUAAAAAUACAAUCCAAUUAUUUCCGGGGUAGGGGAUUUGCUACAGAUUUAUUGCCCCACGGCAGGGUUUUUGCACAUGGUUUUUAUCCCCAGCCCUGGGAAUUUGUUGUAUCUUUCAAAAAAUUGGAACAAGCCCGGGGGGGGGGCGGGCAUGCUGGGAUUGACUGAUACAUUUGUUUGCAAUCAAUCUGGGAGUUUCUUUUCAGACACAUUUGCAGGGAGCUUAUUUGAGAGGGGUGGGGGCUUUCCUCAAAUAUCCUCUGUUAUUAAUUAAUUUAUAUCUCUCAUUUCCAUAUAAUUUUAGACCUAUUGGCUUGGAUGAGAAUAGUGCUAUGCAACAGGCAAUAGAUGAAAGCAUUCAACAACUUGGGAAUACAGAGGAGGAAGAAGUGAAAAAUAAAGAUCCAAAUGACCUGGAAGAUGAGAGUGUUGUCAUUUUGAUUAAAGAUCAUGCCAAUAAAAUGGUUAAAGGAGAUCCACGAAAUGUUGUGGUGAGCAGAUUAAGUAUCUGGGAAACAGCAAAACCGUAUUUCUUACGACAGAGAUUUCUGCAAAGAACUGGUUUGUUACGGUUGUUUCUCUAA